UUUCUACCGACGUGGUUCAAAAAUUAGGUAUUUGUAGAAAAUCAAUUUGCUACGCAAACAUUGCCUUACACAUAGCAAUUCCUGAACCGUUCACAAAUGAGAUUCUACGAUUCAUUCGCAUAUGCAGAGCUGGAAAUCUGAACAACUCAUGUCUGAGCAAAGCGAGGAGUUUAGUUCGAAUUGUAACUGCAAGUAAGCAGAUUGCUGUUUUGAGCCUUAUCUAAUUGAUAUGAAUAAAACAGAAGUAAGAUAGUGUAACAGAGAACGAGGUCAGAAUGCUGCUGUAAAUUUAUAUGGGGAUGUUCUAUUGCUAAUUUGCGUUCUACAUUCGUAUUUUACAGUCUUCACUAUAUAAACUUAUAUUCAUUCCAACUCUAUGACACUUUCGGUGCAAGUGAAUCAUCUUGUGAGCUCUCAAUGUAUAUUUAUAGACUAUAGCUGAUCAUCCAUUAUCAGGCGAUAACUUUAUCUUCAAACAAAUAAACGCUAGAUUCGCGAAAUGUGAUUAUUUGAGAGACUUUUUCACACAUAUGAAGUAGUAAUGUCACUGUUAUUUUAUGAUUACACAUUAUUCCAUUAAGGUCACUGGAGGCUCCACUCAUACACACCUACAAGUCUGGCUGUGGGUGAUUAUGAUCUUACCUAUCAAUCGUCUAUUACGCUACUGUGUUACCAAGGUUUGACGAGAUUGACUAUUGUUCCAUUUAUGGGUGAUAAUGAGCGUAAUAAUGGUAAUGAUUCCAAAGCAGAUGCGUCAGAUCGGAGACUAUUGCAUCGAUAGAAGCUGGAGUGUAUAGAGCCUAAUCUUAACAUAUGGAUCGUAUCCGAUUCCACAACUUGGCGCCAUUGUGAAAACAGAAACCAACCAGAUACUAUGACCAAAUGCCAAUCGCCGCACGACCGCCGAACUCAUAUCAAUUAUGACUGGGCAAUGACGUUCAAACAAUAAUGAUUCGCAGCUUACGUGAAAGAUUCUUAAAAUUACAAUACCAGUGGGGGGCACCGUUGUUUGGAAUGCUAAUCUCAGCGCAUUUGAUAGCCUAUCAGCUGCUGGUGGACAUCCGUUAUCGCUUUUCUUGUACAUUCGGUCAAUACGCAGUGGUUUCCGAUUUGCUUCCCGCUCUCUGUUCCCACCAUUCAACGUUGGCGAUUCAUCGAUGUUAAGAGCUGUUCUCUCUUUAGUAUUAAGCCAACGAGUAACUUGAGUGGUAGAAGAAUAUGACGGCAAGUAUUCCAGCUAGCACGAUGUCCGUGCCAUUGGAUUCUAAAUUCGCUUUGGCCCAGAAUGGGUCAACACACAAGAAGGAUGCGGAAGACGACUACACCGAACGAAUCCCCCACUUGGGGACACUUGUGUCCGAACGAUGCCGAAACGGAUGCUGCAGUGUGAAGCUUCUGAAAAAGCGCGUUCCCAUACUCCAUUGGUUGCCAAGUUACCCUCGACGAUAUCUGUUCGAGGAUCUGGUGGCCGGCCUUACGGUAGGUUUGACCGUGAUCCCACAGGGCAUUGCGUACGCCGUGGUCGCUAGUCUAGCCCCACAAUAUGGACUGUACUCGGCAUUCAUGGGCUGUUUUGUGUACUUCGUGUUCGGAAGCUGUAAGGACGUAUCGAUCGGACCGACAGCGAUCAUGUCGUUGAUGGUACAGAUACAUGUAGCAAAUCUGGGACCGGCGUUCGCUAUCCUGUCCGCGUUUCUAGCGGGGUGCACAAUUUUGGUGUUGGGGCUGUUGAACCUCGGUUUCCUGGUACAAUUCAUUUCGAUGCCGGUGACAGCAGGCUUUACUACUGCCGCAGCGAUAACCAUCGGCAGUGGACAAGUCAAAUCGUUGCUUGGUCUUCCUGGGAAAUCGAAUGAAUUUCUUGAAUCGUGGAUAAAUGUGUUUGAAAACAUUCAGCAGACGAGACCGUGGGAUACAGUCCUCGGCGUGGGAACGAUCGUUAUUCUGUUGCUAAUGAUGCAACUGAAAAAUCUUCGUGGACGAUGGAAGACAACGGGAAAAUAUGUGUCUCUGUCAAGGAACGCUGUGGUUGUCAUCGGAGGGACGAUACUCGCGUACUGUCUCAGUACAGAUGGGACGGCUCCAUUUCUGUUGACAGGUAAUGUAACAUCCCGAUUGCCUCCUGUGCAGCCACCUCCCUUUUCAACGGUGGUCAACAACCAAACCUACGAAUUCCUCGACAUGGUGUCAGAGCUUGGAACGUCACUGUUCGCUAUUCCACUUAUCGCCAUUCUGGAAAUCAUUGCCAUCGCAAAAGCCUUCUCGAAGGGUAAAGCCGUUGAUGCCACUCAGGAGAUGAUCGCUCUGGGUCUGUGCAACAUAGCAGGAUCCUUUUUCUCGUCGAUGCCUGUUACCGGAUCGUUCACUCGUUCCGCUGUUAACAAUAGUAGCGGGGUACGAACAACUGCCAGUGGUGUAGUCACGGGAAUCGUGGUGCUUCUGGCCCUCAGUUUACUCACCAGUACGUUCUACUACAUUCCAAAGGCCACAUUGGCCGCGGUUAUCAUCGCAGCCAUGCUGUUCAUGACCGAAUUUCACGCGGCGUUGGAGAUUUGGCGCACAAAGAAGAUCGAUUUAAUUCCAUUCCUCGCGACCCUUAUCGCUUGUCUCUUCGUCGGUUUGGAGUAUGGAAUGCUAGUGGGCAUAGGUAUUAAUUUGUGCUUCACAUUGUACCUAACCUCCCGCCCGCAAAUCACCCAUCGCAUCCAGCGGGUUAACGACACCGAUUUGCUCGUCAUAACUCCCGACCAAAGCUUAAUCUAUUCAUCCGCGGAAUACCUCAAACAGAGUGUACUAAAACUUUCCCAGCGAAAUCUAGUCGAUGUGGUUGUGCUGGAGGGAUCAGCGGUGGCUUACAUCGACAGCACAGUGGCGAAGAUUCUCGCCAGCAUGGUCGGAGAUUUAAGAAUUCAGGAACGGGCUAUGGUUUUCUGGAACUGGCAGCGACCAGCGCAGAACACCGCUUUUCGAAUGGACGCCGAGCUGUUUGUGCCACUGUUUAGGAGAGCCGACACCCUGGAGGAGAUUGUUAGUGACUUGAGGCAUGAUAACCUCAUUCAAGCCUGACGACGAUGUCAGCAGCCUGGGUUUCCUCGAUAGAAUGUAAUUGAGGAGCUUUUAUUCCGCGAUUGAGGAAGAAUGUAAUUAUUCCAAAACCAGGAAUGUGAUAUGAGGGAAUGAACUUUCACCGCUAGUGACAAUAAGAACAUAUCAGAAUAAGAAGGCUUGUUCAAGGCUGAAA